UUCGAGUUCGACGCCGGUGAGCACACUCCUCCUCACUCAACUCCACCGCCUCCUCUUGUCUUGACCGCUUUGGGUUGGCUAUAUUUCCUCCCGUGAGCCACAUCGCCGCGCCGCCGCCGCCUAACCCUAGUCCCCGCCGGCGCCGCCCCCGGUCAGGUGGGAGCCGGCGAACGCAUUCCGGCCGCCGGUGAGCUCGCCUCCGGCCUCCCUUCCCCCGCGGGUGUCUCCGGUCCCAAGCGACACCUCUCUCCAAGGUGAGCAGUGAGUUCUAGUUCCCGGCCAACGAAAGUCAAGCGACCGAUAGGGUAGGGGGUUGCGCCGCCGACGAUGGACUGCGAGAACGGCGCCGCUGGCGAGGAUCGAUCCAAGGUUGGUGAAUUCAAAGAAGAAAUCCUGCAACUUGCUGCGCUUGCAAGUCAAGGAGAGGAAAAUUCACGGGCAGAGCUACUGGAGAAGUUCAACAAAUGUAACAAAGAUACACUCGUUGAACUGAUCCGUUCAUUUGAUAUGACUGGUUCAAAAGCUAAUAGGAAGGAGGAACUUGUGACAAAAUUGAUGGAGUUCUUCAAAGUACACUGUCCUGAUACUAACAGCGCAUACCUUGAUAAGAUAAAUGACUUCAAAGAACAAACCCUCCAACUUGCUAGGCUUGCAUUUCAUGAAGAAGAGGAAAAAUCACAGGCAGAGCUUCUGGAGAAGCUCAACAAAUCUAACAAAGAUACUAUAGUUGAACUUUGCCGUUCAUUUGAUAUCAUUGGCUCAAAAGCUAACAGGAAGGAGGAAUUAGUAAUAAUUAUGAUGGAGUUCUUGAAGGAACACUGUUCUGGGACUGAUGCCACAGACCCUGAUAAGAAAACUAAGAAAAGAAGGCGUAAGAAUGAAGUUACACAUCUAUCUGGCAGUAAACCUUUGAAGAAAAUGAAACUUGAUGGAACUUCACUGGAAAUUCAUGGUGAAGAGGAAGAUAGUGGGGCUAAGUAUGAGGAGAAUAUAACAAAAUACUCGGAGUGUGACUUGGACGACAACAACAAUGAAUGUGCUAAUAAUGAGAAAGGACGAUUUCCAAAGAAUAAGGCCAGCCUUGAGCCUUCUGAAAGGGUAAAUGAUGUGCCAAAGAAUUUUGUUGGAGCAGCUCCCACUGAAGUUCAAAUACUUUCAAAUGAACAAGCACUAUCUAAGACACCGUUUGCAAAGGUGGUUAGCACCGUUGAAGGAGAUAGAACUGACAUGAAGACUUCUGGAAAGAAAAAUGCUUCUAUCACCAAGAAAAAAAUGACCUCUAAGACAGAUCGCAAGGAAAAAUUUUGUGGUAAACAGAUGUACAAAGGAGAUGGGAAACCUCGGAAACUGGCAGCAAUACCAAACAGGGAUGAGCUGAGGCAAGCUGUCUUCUUGAUCUUAGAUUCUGCAGAUUUUGCGACGAUGACUUUUGGAGAUGUUGUGAAAGAAGUCGACAAAUACUUUGGCAAGGAUCUCUUUGAGAAAAAGCCACUUAUAAGAUCCCUGAUAGAAGAAGAGCUCUUUAGGCUAGGGGAGGAAGCUGAGAAGAAAGAACUGGAAGAAGAAGCGGCAGAAGUAAAAGCUAGAGCUGAACAAGCUGCGAAGGAAGGGACAAAUGCUGGAGUUAAUUCAGGUAUAGACACGGCGGAAGCACUUCAAGUUAAGGAUGGCAAAUCUGAAGAUGCUGCAAAGAACAAACGUGACAAUAGUGCUGAAAAUGGUCCGAAAGGUGGGGUAUCUGUAGAAGUUGCUGAGAACAUAAACAGAAGUGCGGCUGCUGAAAGUUCGCAGGAUGGACGGUGUGAACAUGACAGAGAGAAUGCAAACAAUGGUGGUGACUUUAUCAGGGAUGAUAAUGCUGUGCAGGAUACUAUCAGUGGUGAUCAUGUGGAAUAUUCCAGAGAUGGUGAAGCUGAAAGGGCAAAGAUGAACAGUAAUGGUGAAGCCGUAGAAGCCGUAGAUGGCGGAACUGAAGCAUCAAAAGGUGGAGAAAGUGCUGACCCCAAAGAUGAUAACAACCGAAAUGGCGAUAAAAGUGCACUAGAUAUUGAUGAUCGUGGAGCUGAAGAUUCUCACUGCAACAAAAACGGUGAAAAUGUAGCUUGUGUGGAAAAUGGCAAAACUAAUGAAGCUGGCAACACUGAGAACGGUGAAAAUGUGGUAUCCCACGAUGCUGAAAAGGAUGAUAAAAGAAAGGAUCCCAUUCAAAAUGCAAACCCCGAACAGACCCUAACAGAUGCUGGUGAUGAUGGUAAAACUGAAGAUGCCGAGCACAACGCCAACACCGAAGCUGAUGUUGAUUCUUGUGCCGAUGGUACUGCUGAGAAUUAGAGGACCAACUGCAAACGGAACAGAGAUGGAUUAGCUCAAGUAGCACAGAUAUGCAGCUUUAUGUUGGAAACUACCACUGAUGGUGUUCUAACUUGAGUAGGAUUAGCUUGUGCAGGGUCCAUGUAGAAGUCUUGCUGUAGUAGAUAGUAGAAAUGUUCAAACUGCCAUGUAAAUUAUCUUAGCUUGAAGGAGAUGUAUAUUAUGUAGCAGUGCAGUGCAGACCCUGGAUGCUGGAGCAGUUCAUUCCAGUCGUAUUUAUAACUGAUGUUCAAAGGUUUUGUAUCAAAGCUUAAACUUCAAA